ACACCUUCGAGGCAGGGGGAUGGUGGCGGAGCGCGGGGGGUUGGGGGCUUUGGGGAUGCUUUCCCUGCCCUGCUCCUUCCACACCUGCCCAGGGGAGGCAGCCGCUGGCCCUCGGGCUCCGGCGGAAGGCGUUUCUCUGUUCUGCCCCCCCCCCCGCUCCUGCCCCGGCCCUUCGGGGUCCCGGGGAAAAGCGCCCCGCUGUGCGUGCCCCAGGGAGCGGCUCCCCUGCGCGGGGCCAGCCCCGGGCUGCAGCGGGGCGGGGUGUGAAGGAGCGGAAGGCGGGGGGGGCGAGGCAGCCGCGGGGCGGGCCUGUUGUCGCCGCUGCCGCCGCCGCCCGGGCGGGGGCGCUGUGUUCCGGCCGCGCAGGCGGGCUGGCGGCGCGGGCCGUGCCCACACCCGGCAUGGCGGCCGGCGGCGUCGGCACCGCGCUGCUUCCGCUGGCGGGCGGCAGGAGCGGGCUCGCGGCUUCCCGUACCCGGCAUGGCCGCCAAGGGGGCCCGGCAGCGGCCGCGGGCCGGCGGGGGGCAGUGAGGGGGCCCGGCCACGGGGGGAGGCCGCGGAGGAGGCCCGGCCGGAACCCUCUGGGAGCAAAGCAGGACAAGUCUGGGCCCCUGAAGGAUCGACAGCCUUCAAGUGUCUCAUCUCGGCCAGGUUCUGCGCAGCUCUCUUGAGCAACAUCUCUGAUUGCGAUGAGACAUUUAACUACUGGGAACCGACACACUACCUCAUUUAUGGAAAGGGGUUUCAGACAUGGGAAUACUCUCCAGCCUAUGCCAUCCGCUCCUAUGCUUACCUGUGGCUUCAUGCCUUACCGGCCUUGUUCCAUGCUAGAGUUCUGCAAACUAACAAGGUUCUUAUCUUCUAUUUCCUCCGAUGCUUCCUGGCGUUCCUGAGCUGCAUUUGUGAGCUCUACUUCUACAAGGCUGUGUGCAAGAAGUUUGGGCUACAUGUGAGCCGGCUGAUGUUGGCCUUCUUAGUUCUCAGCACUGGGAUGUUUUGCUCAUCUGCAGCUUUCCUCCCAAGCAGUUUCUGCAUGUACACCACGGUGAUUGCCAUGACUGGCUGGUACAUGGACAAGACCUCUGUAGCAGUGCUGGGGGUGGCUGCUGGAGCCCUUCUGGGCUGGCCCUUCAGUGCAGCUCUUGGGCUUCCUAUUGCCUUUGACUUGUUGAUACUGAAGCAGAGGUGGAAAAGUUUCCUGAACUGGUGUGUGGUGUCACUGAUCCUGUUUUUGGUGCCCUUGGUAGUUGUGGACAGCUAUUACUACGGGAAGCUGGUCGUUGCACCUCUCAACAUUGUCUUAUACAAUGUCUUCACCUCUCACGGACCUGAUCUCUAUGGUACAGAACCCUGGUCCUUCUAUUUCAUCAAUGGUUUUCUGAAUUUCAACGUGGCAUUUAUUUUGGCGCUGCUUGUGCUGCCACUGACUUGUCUCAUGGAGUGUCUGCUUCAAAAAUUUCAUGUUCAGAAUCUGGGCCGUCCCUACUGGCUGACACUAGCUCCUAUGUACAUUUGGAUCAUGAUUUUUUUCAGUCAGCCCCACAAGGAAGAGAGAUUUCUCUUUCCCAUCUAUCCCCUCAUCUGUCUCUGCGGUGCUGUGGCUCUGUCUGCUCUUCAGAAAUGUUACCACUUCAUAUUCCAGCGCUACCGCCUGGAACACUACACAGUCUCCUCCAACUGGCUGGCCCUGGGGACUGUCUUUAUCUUUGGCCUUUUGUCUUUGUCACGCUCUGUUGCCUUAUUCAGAGGCUAUCACGGGCCCCUGGACCUAUACCCAGAAUUUCACAGGAUUGCUACUGACCCAAGUAUUCACACUGUGCCGGAGGGGAGACCGGUUAAUGUCUGCGUGGGAAAGGAGUGGCAUAGAUUUCCAAGCAGCUUUCUUCUGCCAGAUAAUUGGCAGCUCCAGUUCAUCCUGUCGGAAUUCAGGGGCCAGUUACCAAAACCAUUUGCCAAGGGACCAAUGGCCACACGGAUCAUUCCCACUGACAUGAACGACCAAAACAAGGAAGAGCCAUCUCGAUAUAUUGACAUUUCCAGAUGCCACUAUCUGGUGGACUUGGAUACAGCAGCUGAAACCCCAAGGGAGCCAAGGUAUUCCUCCAACAAAGAAGAGUGGGUAACCGUUGCCUACAAGCCAUUCCUAGAUGCUUCCAGGUCCUCAAAGCUGCUGCGUGCAUUCUACAUCCCUCUCCUCUCAGAACAGUACACGUGGUAUGCAAACUAUACUAUUCUGAAAUCUCGAAGGUCGAAGCAAACAAGGAAAAAAAUGGGAGGCUAGCAACACACCUGGGCAACAAAAUCAAAAACAUCUGACACUCUUGGACAGCUGCCUAAGCCAUCUUCGGUUCCCUUUUGGAAGAUCGCAGUUGUAAGAUUCACUAAUAAAGAUUUCCCAUGAAGUGAUUUUGCUCUGCAAGCUUCCAGCUGUAAAAAGGGUGCAUCAUCUGCUUUCAGUACUCGGUGUCAGGUCUCUGCUCUGCCUACACAGAACGUCUUGGUAAGAAACCAUUUGAAAAUCCAGCAGCCACCUACGAACGUAUUAUCCCUGCUGCUCCCUGUGUUAUUAUCUAUUACACCAGAGAAGAGAAAAAUGGGAAAUAAAAAGAAAUGACAGUAAGAGGUUCUGCUCCAGGUUACAAUCUGGCACUGGGAAAAUCCAGCUCAGCCUCUUUCUCCCUCCCACCCCGCUCACUGUUCUCGUCUGCUUAAGUAGUGCUCACCAUUUCCUAGGGAAUUUUUUCAGGUAACAACACUAAGGAUUUUUUUUAAUUUUAUUUUUUUUUUAAGAAAAAGGAGGAGGAAAAGAUGAGAGCACCUGAAGGACAAUUAACCGAAAUGCACUGAAUCUCAAGGAAUGCAGUAGUAUGCACCACUGAAAAACAUCCUGUGCAGGUGACACUUUCAAGGAUAAACCUGUGCUUUUGGGAGAAAACCCCCCGAACUUCAGAGUUGAGCCAGUUACCUGUUUUAAUGGGAUCAGAGUGUUUUUGUUAUCUGUGAAACCAAGGGUUUGUUUGCUGUUUAUAAUGAUUUUUUUUUUAAGAUACCUGUAACGUCCUUUGAAUUCUAGACUCCAGCAUCUUAAAAUUUCUGGAAACAUCCAGAGAGUAGAAGAAGGAUUAAUUAUUUUUUUUGCAGUUCUGUUUCCCAGAAUAGACAGUAUGUGUUACAUUGGUCCAAUAUGCUUCAGAGCAGUGCUGCAUUUAUUAUAUCUCCAUUUGUAAAACAUGCAGUAUCACAAGCUAGAUGAAGGGAGUGUUCUCACUCACAUCCUUGGAACGCUGUGGGGAUGGGCUGGCAGGGAGCAAGUUCCUUUUGCAGAAAGGCUGCCCAAAUCCCGUGCCCCACUGUGACUGUCAUUAGAUGGGUCUGUGUGUGCAGUGCCGGGUGCCAGAGCAGGCGGAUCAGGAAGCAGAUCUGUAUGUUGGGAAGCUGUUGGGAUCCAAACAGAAAAGCGUGUGCCUCUGGAGGUACCCGUGUUGGUGCAGGUGCAGGAUGCAGUGCUAGGCAGGUCUCUUGGCCGGUCUGUGGGUUAACAGCCGAGCAGGAUGCGAAGGGCAGAUCUAACAUGGUACUACUGGGACAAAGCAGCGAGGAACGGGAUGAGGAGCAAGGCAGGGGCUGAAUCAUAUGAGCAACUUCAGAAACAUAGGGAGAGGUGUUCUGAAUUGCCUGCAUUUCAUUAAGGAGGAGGUUUUGUAACGGCAUUAUGCUCUGUUGGAAACACAGCCUAUAAAGUGCGAAUCAUGGUAAGAGCAAGCAGUGUGCUGCUUCGUUGUCUGGAUGACUACAGCAUGGAGGAUGCGGUUCUCUUCCAUUGCACCCCCACUGUAUGGAGGAGCAAUUUGAAGCUGAGACUCUAAAUUCAAACUUCGAAGGCUUAGGGAACCAUCUGUGAUGUCUAAGUCUUGGCUUUCUUCACAGAGGUGGAUGUCACCCUGUGCAGGUAUCACCUUUUGUAUGAGUCGAAUGUGGAGCUUCAAGGUUUUCAGCCAAGCAGCUUGUGACUUGAGUGAGUUGGUCUGGAAGGUCAAAGUCACGUUGCAGAUCAGUGUUGUAGUGUCUGUGUUCAUAGUAUUCCCCCACCUCCCUCCAGCCGGCUCUGCUCCUCAUAAAAGUUUACAUGUGUUGAACAGGGCUCUACAGUGCCACUAAAUCAAAACCAAAACUCUUGCCCUGCUUGUUGCCUCUCCCCUUGCUAAUCCCUGACCUUAAAUCAAAUAAAGAAAAAACUCCAGUUAAAGAACCAA